CUUUCCUGUCUCCCUCCAUGUUGCUCACGGAGGAGCCCCCCUCCCCGGACCCUCCCUCCUCCUCCUCCCCGGUGUAAAGUGACGGAGGCGCGCUCCCGUGACGCAGCGCAGCCCCGUGCGCACCGAGGCUGGAGUGGAAGAGGCGCGCUCAUCUCGGGAGGACCUACCGCAGAGCACCGGAGACGGGAGGAGAUCACCCGGUUAGUCCGACCGCCAGGAGCCUCAGCCGGGGAAACGAUGCUCAGAAGGAGCCUCUCCGCCGGCAGCAUGACUUAGAAAGCUGCGGGAGAUCCACCUGGACACUUUUCAGCCUCCGCUUCCUCUCCGAUAAGGAAGAUCUCUCUCUUCAGUUUAACCCCAGUUUACAGGUCCGGUUUGACCCCAGCACGAUGUGGAGUACCGGGGUCUUGCUGCUCCUCCUGGCCGUGUUUCUAGCCUCCGGAGAACUCCAGCUGGAGACCGAGCCGCGGAGACUCCCUCCUCCGGGAAAGUUGGAUUUCGGUUAUGUUCCUGCAGGAGUUUACGAGACUCUGGCCCAUUACGAACCGGGACCGAUAGGCAUCCUGUUCCACCUGGUGCAGGCGUUCCUGUAUGUGGUGCAGCCCAAUGAAUUCCCUGAAGAUCUUCUUGUCAAGCUAGCAAAGGAAAAGUUUGGCGCCAUUCAGACGGAAUACCAAAAGCCAGAGAACAUAGUGCUGACUCUUCAGGCCAUCUACUAUGAGAUCGGCUUCGUAGUCUGUGCGGCGCUCGGCCUGCUGUUCGCCGUUCUGGUUCCGAUAAUCGGCAUCUUCUUCUGCAUGUGCCGCUGCUGCGAUAACUGCGGCGGCGAGAUGCACCAACGCCAGAGGAAAAACGCAGACUGUCGACGAGGCCUGCUGGGAACUCUGCUCUUCUCCACCUCACUGGUCAUCACGAUCGGAGUGCUGUGUGCCUACGCUGCCAACCAGAACCUGAGCUCUCAGGUGAAGAACAUCCGGAGAUUGGUGAACAGCAACAUGAGGGACCUGCACACCUUCGUUAAUGACACGCCAAUGCAAAUUGAUUACCUAAUAUCCCAAUACGCCACAGCCAAGAACAAAGUCAUCUAUGACCUAGAUAAUAUAGGUCCAUUAUUAGGUGGAAGGAUACACGAUCAGCUGGAUAAGGAGGUCCAUCCUGCAUUGGACAGAGUUCUCAAUAUGGCUGGAGCUAUGCGAGAGACGAAGGAGGCUCUGGAGAACGUCAGCAUGGGUCUGGAGGUUCUCCAGGAAGGAACGGGGAAGCUCAACUUCAAUCUGAGCCUGGUGCGGACCAGCAUCAACCGAACGCUCAGCGACCCGGGCUGCCACGACGAGGAGUCGGACGCCACCUCCGCCCAGCUGUGCCGAAACAUCCGCCAGUCCCUUUCCCAGCUGCAGAUCGGAGCCAACUUCACACGGCUACCUAAAGUGAACGAUCAGCUGGAAAAAAUGAACGAUGUAAUGAGAACGGACCUCAGUGCGAUCGUCCAGAAGGGCUACUCCUCUUUGAACGACACACCAAAUAUGGUGAUUGAACAGACCAGAAGUGUUGUUGAGAGUGUGCAAGGUUUGAUGGACGGCAUUGGAAAUAACAUCAGCAGCUUCUCCAAAGUGUUCCCUGUGCAGAGUUGCCUUUCCAACUUCACUAUCGCUAUCAGCCAUGCCCAUGCCAAGAUUGAGGAGUACUACCCUGAAAUUGACAAACUGGAUUUCUACAGGUGGAUUGGCUGUAUUGCUCUGUGCUGUAUGGUGGUCCUGGUCCUGGCCUUCAACUACCUGGGCCUGCUGUGCGGCACUCUGGGAUAUGACAAACACGCCUCACCUACGACACGAGGCUGCAUCUCCAACACAGGAGGAACCAUGCUCGUGGCCGGCGUUGGGUUCAGCAUCAUCUUCUCCUUGGUGCUGAUGGGAGUGGUGACUGUCAUGUUCCUGCUUGGAGGAAACAUGGAGAAACUUUUCUGUGAGCCUUUCCACACCAAAGAAGUCUUCAAGGUUGUGGACACGCCAUAUCUGGUCAACCCAGAGUGGAAGAACUUCAUCCCGGGCUACAUGUACAACGACUCGGACCUGGAGCUGACAGCAGAGAGCUUGUACAGUACUUGCAAAGAGAACAAAGGCAUCUACUCAGCCAUGCGUCUGGACAAACUCUUCAACAUAUCCUCCUUCCUGAACUCUACAGUGUUCACUAAGGAUGUGGUGAGUCAGCUGGAGAGCGUUAAGAUCGACCUGAGGGAAAUAAUCCUGUUGGAGGCCGAGGGGAAGCAGAACCUCGUGGAUUUCUCUGACGCAGGGCUGUCAGAAAUCAACUAUGCAGACUACCUGGAAGAGGUCAACAAAGGAGUUACAGUGAUGGACCUGCUCACAUAUGCCAGAGAGCUGGAGGCGCAGACAGACCUCAUGCCCAGAGGCGGUCUGCAGAGCUCUCUGAAAGGUCACAUCGGCACUCUGCGGCAGAUCCACGCUCAACAGGUCAUCCCCAUGGAGCAGGCCAUGAAAUAUGUUAGAGCGAGGAGCGCAUUGAACCAGAGUAUGAGGUUCCUGGAGAGAACAGCUUCAGACCUGCCAAACAAAGUUUUAGCAGUUCUGGAGGCGAUUGAAGCGGCCCAGUACCUCAUCUCCCAGAAUGCAACACAAUUAAUCAAUCAGGAAACGGGAAAAUACACAGCCACCAUUGUUGGAUACUUCAAUCAAUACAUAGAGUGGGUCAAAACCUCACUGGCCUUAGAGGUCGCACCGUGCAAGCCUUUCAGCAACAUGCUGGACACGGCGGAGAUCAUUACUUGCAGUUUUGUGGUCGACUCCAUGAACACCUUCUGGAUGGCUGGCUGCAGCGCUCUCUUCCUGCUGCCCAGCAUCCUCCUCGCUGUGAAACUAGCAAAGUUCUACCGCAGGAUGGACACAGAGGACGUUUACGACGACAUUGAGACAAUGCCCAUGAAAACUAUGGAAAUUGGUAAUAAUGGUUAUCAUAGUGAGAGGUCACAAGGUAUCCCAAAUCCUAUGAUGACAAGCAUCCCUACCUAUGACACUAUGAACAGGUUCCCGCGGGCCUCGGCUCCUCCGAGGCACAUCGACUGGUGACAGAGAGCCGGCUCUGGCUCUGGCUCCUGAAAGUGCCAUCACAAACUGGAACUAAAACACACCAUACCGUUUGUUUCACGAGGCCUCGGACCAGAAGAAGUUCAAUCGAAGCUGGUUUCCUUGCAACAAAAGAACACACAAUGUUUUUUUGUGUUAUCUUUAGUGAUCAACUCAACCUCCUCAAUCAAGCAGGUCACAGCCUUCGGUACAGAAGCCUGCUCCCCUUCAAAGAAACUGCCUGCAGGACAUCAAACGUCUCCUUAACCAAUCUGAGCCAGGCUUGUUCCAUGGAUUUCUGCGUCUGCGUUUACAUUUGUUCAGACAUAAAACUGAGCUGAAGAAUACAUUCAGCGAGUGGACAAUAACGGUGAUGCCUGUCAUCGUAAUGUACUUGUCUGUGCUUAAGAAGACAGGGACUCAAAGGUCAUCUGAAGGUCAUGGCGAGCUGCUAGAUGAACUUGUUCUCCUGCUCUUAGGAUGGAUCUAUCACAUUCAAAAGACGCUUAUUCUAAAAAGGGGAACAGUCGUCGUAUCUCUAAUAAUGUAAUGUGCAAAUUAACAUGAAUCCAAUGUGUUUAGUUGAGAAUGGCACAGAGUGUUUCAUUAUGAGUGAGAACUGAAUGAUAGAAAUAAGGCGGUUAAAAUAGACAAGUUGGUCCCAGGUGGAUAUAUAUUGUGAUUAAUAUGAAAGACUUUAGCAUGACUUUAAAACAAAAUGUUUACAAUAUUACAAAACAUCCAGACACCACUGCUGGUUGUGGGGAUUUGCAAAAGACUGGUUGCCUUUCAGAAGUGUGUUUCAUGCAGUUUUUGUUUUUAAAGAUAUGGUCCUUUCUUAAAGGGAAAAUGAACCCACGGAUGCUCUUACACUGAAAAUGUCAAUAUUAAUAUCAGAAGUUUGACCAAAGAGGGAUUUCCAUGCUCAGAUGCAUUCAUUCAUCACAGUAGAGGGAAACAUUUGCUUUUAAUGUUACAUGUUUAUCAUCUUGGGACCCCUCAGGUUUAGCUUGGGACCAUUUGGUACCACACUUUUAGACAGCUGAAAAGCAUACCUCCAUUUAAGAAAUCCUGGUUUGGGCAUUAGUGAAAUGAGUACCAUUGAUACUCAACUAAUUCGGUAAAAUGCACCAUUAAAUAUAAUUUAACCAACAGUGUAAGCAUUGAGGUGGAUUUUCCCUUUAAUUCAUAAAGUUAGUUUAUAUAUAUAUUACAAAGUGUCAGGCUUAUAGAUUGUUCCCUAGCGGAUGAAUUGAUUAACAAGCUAUCAUGUUGAGUUCACUAACAUGACACUUGUACUGAGAUGUUUCUUGCUUUCAUAGUGAUGAUAUGUUUAAAGUGGAGAAAUACUUUCUCAAGCCAAAUUAUUUUUCUUACCAUAGGUCUCAGUCUUUAGUAAAUGAUGUGCAUAUUCUAUUUGUGCUUUUUAAACCCCACUGUCGCUAUGGAUACAUUCACAGUAUACUGUACGAGUGAAUGUAUUCAAGAGCUAUUUCUUAUUUUUGUAUAUCUUGAUGAUGUUGGUUGAGAAAUAUGCCGAACUCUUAUCGAUAAAACGUAUUAGACAAGCCAGUCCUGUGGUCACAUCCUCGCCGCAAUGUUUACACAUUAGAUUUAGACAAUCCAUUCAUGGGACAAUUCAAAUAUCAGAAAACCAGAAGAAUGCUUUCUGGUUUACUCGGUGGAUGGUGUCGAAGCACACUGUCGAAAAGAAAUAUCCAUCUUAACAUGGAAAGCUUGAAUUGUACAGGUCUAGCUAAUUGUAUACGCUAACCAGACAAUAGCGACCUACAGUGAUUACAUAAGAGUACCAAAUGUAAGAGUUUAAAAUAUAAAAAAUAUGAUUUAAAGUUUAUCCAAGGAAAGAAAAACUGUGAAAAACAUGAAAUUAAUUCGAACAAUUUAAUAUUUAAACUGUAUUUUGGUAAUAUUCGUAAGACAGCUGACUAAUUUAACUCAUUCAUUAGUUUAAAUUAUCAAAGGAAUAAGUUUCAUAAUUUGGGAUAAAAGUUGUGACAUCACAAUACUUAACAUUAGGUAGCUAGUGGGUGUUUCUCAAUGUCGAGGACGCUUCCUUGGUAGGACAUGUCUUCCGAGUCAGGUCCUUCAGAAGCGAGGCAAGAAUCCUUCCUAGCCUCGGAAAACGAAGAAUGGUCGGAACAGGCUAACAGGUGUGCAGGUGUGCGUCAUGAGAGGCCCUGCUUUAAAUUUUCCGCCAACAUUUUUGGCAAUUGGUCCGUGCGCAAAGCAUUGUGGGGAUUUUAAGACCGCGGAUACACAUGUGCAGCCUCGAUAUUUCCCGCAACGAAGGACGCCGGCCUCUGUAGAAUUCCAAGCAUCCUG